AUGAGUCCCGGGCAGACCGUUGUAGACAGCUCGGCCGCUGCAAUAGCCACCGGAACGACUGUGUCUGCCACAUGGACUCCUUUGGAUGCCGCCAUCGCGGCGGCUUCCAGCGGCACCGCUGCUCCUCCAAGACGGUCUGGAACAUGGCAGUUCAUGGAUGACGACGACACCGAUGCGGCCGAUCGCACCGAGCGCCGGCGACAGCAAAACCGGCGAGCACAGCGCAAUCACAGAAAUCGCGUCAGGGCGUACGUCUCCUCCCUUGAGCAACAGGUCGUCGAUACCAUCUUCCAUGACACCGAAGCAAAUUCUUCCUUUUCUGCCACCGCGACGGCAGCGACUGCUGUAGCCGCCCAGGCUGACGUCAUGUCAUCGACAGCCACACACGCAACCGCAUUCGACUCUUUUCUCCUGUCCAGCGCGGCCACAACGGGGGCAACCGGCAACCUCGACAUGUUCAGCACGCCCGUUGACUAUUUCUGUGCGGCUGCAGCGACCAGCACCACGACCCCCAUGGACAGGAUCACAUCCACGGCUACUUCACCGACUCUGGGGGGCGGUAACUAUGCGCCGCCUCCGCAGCAACAACCCUCACACACCCAGGUGUCACAAACUAUGAGCAUGCCGGACAUGUUCGCUCCAGACGGCUGCUGCUGUGACUGUGGCAAGUUUGCAUCAGCCAUGCUCAGCCAGGCACAGGCCCAUGGCCAGCCAUGGCCAGCGAGUAUGGGCAUGUUUGGCGGCAUGCGGGACUGGCACGGGCCAGCCAUGUUUGGGCACGGCGGACAUGACCAUGGCCACAGUCAUAGCCACUGCGGUCAUGGUGGACACGGCCACGGGAGUCAUGGAGACGGCGGCGGCGGUCACUGCUCAUCCCUGCGAGAAGCCACUACCACCACCGCCUCCCCCAAUUGA